AUGUCAAAAGUGUCGAUUACUCUGAUGAUCAUUGCGCUCGUCUCUGCAUCUCCGGACCUGGGAUGCGACUUUGGCCAUCACCGCUGCACCAUCGAUGUCACUGCGGAAAACAGUCCCCGCCAGCAGCGCCUCCUCCCCGACAUGGACAUCACGUUGGAAUGCCUGCGUCCCACGGCCAAGUGGUUCUAUCAGGAUAAGUUUAAACUUAAGGCGGCGGUUUAUCGACUUGAUAGAGCCCAGUCUGAGAAUUCCGGGAACUACGGCUGCCUGGAUGGCCAGAGAUGGUAUAAUAUCUCCCUGCUCGUUGGUCAUAAAGAUCCAGUCGACAAUGAUAUUGCCAGCUUUGCUAAGGUGGAUGCUGCACGACCAAUUCCGGAGACGGAUCUCUUCUUUCAGCCCCUGAAUGAAAGCCGAUCCCUAAAGUUGAUGCAGCCUCUCCCCGAAACCGUCCAACGAACGGCGGGGGGUCUCUUCCAGCUGAGCUGCAGCCCCACAGAUCCGGAGGCGACGGGUGUGAAUAUAUCCUGGCUGCACAAUGACACGCAAAUCCUGGGCGGCCGUGGAAGGAUAAAGCUCAAGAGGUGGUCACUGACUGUGGGGCAACUGCAGCUGGAGGAUGCCGGAAGCUAUUACUGUGAGCUGUGUGUGGAGCAGGACUGCCACAAGAGCAAUCCCACCCAGUUGGAGGUGGUAAGCAGGAGUCACACGGUGCCCGUGCUGAAACCGGGAUAUCCCCGCAAUGCCAGUGUCCCCCUUGAGGACAAUGUAAGCAUAGAGUGUCUCCUGGAGGACUCUGCCUUGGAGCCGAAGAUCACCUGGCUGCAUAAGGAGGGAGUGGACAACAUUGACUUUGUCCUGCUGCGGCUGAGAGAACAGUCGCAGAUACCGGUGGGCGUUACCCGCUUGAUUACCCGAAUGAACGAACCACAGGUUCUUCGGCUGGGAAAUGUCCUUAUGGAGGAUGGAGGCUGGUACAUCUGCAUAGCCGAGAACCAGGUUGGACGCACUGUGGCGGCCGCCUACUUGGAUUUGGACACCACCACGGAUCGAGGAACCAUUAGCAUCUUACCUACCAUUUCAGUACCACCAUCCAAAGGAAAGGACAACGAUGCGAGUGCAUACGUCGAAAAUGGUCCGCCUGUAUUCAGGAAAAAAUUGGAACCACUGAUGCACACUUUGGCUGGAAGUACUGUGACUUUGGCCUGUCCAGUGGCUGGCAAGGCAAACAUCACUUGGACAAAGGACAAAAAACCUCUGGACCGCAAGCUUGGCGUAUAUGUCCAGAAGAACUGGACACUGCGAUUCGUGGAGGCCACCAGCGAGGACUCGGGAAUAUACAAUUGUAAGGUGUGCAACGCUUGGGGCUGCAUCCAGUUUGACUUCAGCGUUCUGAUAAGCCAUCGCAUCAGAUCCAAACCAAUAAUCGUAGUGCCUAAAAAUCAGACGGUAAUGCUAUAUGGCAGCUUGGUGAUGAAGUGCACAGUCUACUCCGAUCUUCAUCCCACCGUUAGCUGGAAAAGGGUUGUCCUUAAGAACGCCUCGCUGGACGGUAUUCAGUCUGUGGAGAUCCAAAAUCUCAACUUCACCGUGACGAACGACUCCGUUGUCUUGGAGCUGCACAAUGUGACCUACAGCCAGGAGGGCUGGUACACCUGUUUGGCUUCUAGUGGCCUGGGAAGUAGCAACUCUAGUGUCUACCUGAGAGUAGUGAGUCCUCUGCCGCCCUUGGAGAUAUACGCCCUGGUCCACGCCCAUCCGGUUGGGUUUACACUAGCUUCUAUUUCUGUCGUGGUCUUAUUCCUUUUGGGCAGUGCUUUCACAACGUUCAUGCUGCGCCGACUGAGGAGGGAGAAGCUGUUGAAGCUCCGCAUCGAAACAGUUCAUCAGUGGACCAAAAAGGUAAUCAUUUACCGGCCAGGUGGAGACGAAGGAAGUGGGUGCAGCUCCGGCGAUCUACAGAUGCCCGUGAUCAGGAUAGAAAAGCAGAGAACCACCGUUUCCACAACAGGAACGGGAGGAGCUGAUCCCGCCCAGGGCUUUAAUGAGUACGAAUUCCCGCUGGAUUCCAACUGGGAGAUUCCCAGGCAGCAACUCAACUUGGGUUCCAUCCUGGGCGAGGGUGCCUUUGGACGCGUGGUUAUGGCGGAGGCGGACGGGCUGCCCAGGAGUCCACAACUGGCAGAGACCAUUGUGGCCGUCAAGAUGGUCAAGGAGGAGCACACGGAUACGGACAUGGCCAGCUUGGUGCGUGAGAUGGAGAUAAUGAAGAUGAUCGGCAAGCACAUCAACAUCAUCAACCUGCUGGGCUGCUGCAGUCAGGGUGGACCGUUGUGGGUGAUAGUGGAGUAUGCUCCACAUGGAAACCUCAAGAAUUUCCUCAAGAAGAGUCGCUUGGGCGUUAGAGAGAUGCGGACCCGUUCCGAUGGAUAUGUGGAUGACAGGCCUCUGAUGCCGACAAAGCAGCUGGGCGAGAAGGAGCUCACGCAGUUUGCUUUUCAAAUUGCCCGAGGGAUGGAGUACCUCGCCUCACGAAAGUGCAUCCAUCGCGAUUUGGCGGCCCGAAAUGUCCUCGUCAGCGAUGGCUAUGUGAUGAAGAUCGCCGACUUUGGGCUGGCGAGGGAUAUUCAAGAUGCGGACUACUACCGGAAGUGCGCCAUCGGACUGCUUCCCAUCAAGUGGAUGGCACCCGAGUCGCUGAAAGAGCAGAAGUACGACUCUCGUAGCGACGUGUGGAGCUUCGGAGUGUUGCUGUGGGAGAUGAUGACCUAUGGGGAUCAGCCGUACCAUAACAUCCUAACCGCCGAGGAUCUCUAUAGCUUCCUGAUAACGGGUCAGCGCAUGGUGAAGCCGGAAAAGUGCUCACUGAACAUCUACGUGAUAAUGCUACAGUGCUGGCUAAUGGACUCUAGUGCGCGGCCCACUUUCUCGGAGCUGGUGAGAAGUUUCGAUGAUAUCUUGGAGACGACGAGCAGCAAUCUGCAUCUCUCAAGGCUUUUCACGACGGAUGACGAUGAGGACAACGUCUUAGAGCAGUAUACAUAUUUAUGA